AUGAACUUCGAUUUACCACCUCUCCGAAUUGCUCUGCACUUCACUCUGGGUGUAUUCUCCAUCAUCCUUCUCGGGCUGACCUCUGCCCGAAUACACUAUACCACCAACCUCCCAGCAGGCGAUCCUCUCAACGGCGGCGUCGAUUUCUACGACCCAAUUGUUGUGGAACUACUGGUUACCACAAUCCUAACAAUACCGUGGUGCAUCUACAUCGUCCGUAUCAUCCACAAACGUAUUGACGGCAGCCUCAUUUCCACCUUCCGCGGCGAGCUCAUCGGACUUUCCGUCCUCUGGCUAUUCUGGAUAGUAGGCGCGGCCCAAUCCAGUGUAGGCACUUUCUCUCUCCCAUUUCUGCGCAGGCUCAUACACACUAUUUUGAUGCAGACAAUCUGGGGCGAUCUCAGUUGGUGCCAGAGAUAUCAGCCAUGCCGAAUCCUGACCGCCAUGCUCGCAUUCGCCUGGCUGGGGUGGAUCGUUCUCACGCUCAUCAUGGUCCUGAGCAUCAUAUUCUCUAUAGUGAAUGGCGCCUUCAGUGAGCCCCUGCAUGGUCGGUGGGAUCCAAGAGCAAGCGUCUACACCGGGCAGAUGUCGACACGCACCUCCGCUGCUGUGUAG